CAAAUAGAGUAAUUGCCUUAAAAUGUUUACAUAAUUCACAAAAUAUUACCAACAAAUUUUUUAAUAGGCUAAAGAAUAUUCAAUAACUAAGGGAAGUAAUAUCACUAAUAUAUAUGGAAUAUCUCAAAAUCCUGAUACAAAAGAUUAUAUUUUGAUUCUUGAUUAUGCAAAGGAUGGAAAUUUUAAUAAUUGGAUGAAUGAAAAUUAUGAAUAUUUCAUCUGGCAAAAUAAAUUGUCUGUAUUAUGUAAGAUUAUUAAUGGUCUUACUGAAAUCCAUCAAAAACAAAUAGUUCAUCGUGAUUUUCAUUCAGGAAAUAUAUUAUUUUUAAGUAGUAUAGAUGAUUUUAGCAAUUGUAUAUUAAUUUCAGAUAUGGGAUUAUGUGGUGAAGUUGGUUAUGUAGACGAAAAAAAUAUUUAUGGAGUUAUGCCUUAUGUAGCUCCUGAAGUAUUAAGAGGAAAGGCCUUUACUCAAGCAGCAGAUAUCUAUAGUUUUGGUAUGAUAAUGUAUUUUAUUGCAACUGGAAGACAACCUUUUUACAAUCGUGCACAUGAUAAAUUUCUUGCAUUAGAUAUUUGUAAUGGAAAUAGACCUGAAUUAAAUGAGCCAGAAGCACCAAAAUGUUAUAUUGAUUUAAUGAAAAAGUGUUUGGACUCAAAUCCUAACAAUAGACCAAGUAUUAUUGAAAUAAAUGAAUUAAUUUUAUCAUUUCGUAAGUCUUAUGGAGGGGAUAUUUUCAUAGUAGAAAAUGAAGAAAUUGAAACACAAUUUAAGGAAGCAGAGGAAUACAGAAAAGCAAGUGCAAAUCUUUCAUCCAUUAAAGAUUAUAAAGCAGCUACUCAUCCACAGGCUAUUUAUAUAUCUCGAUUACUUUACCCUUUUACAAAGGACCUUCCAAACUAUAAUGAUAAUGAUGAUGAUUAUAACUCUGAAUGCUUAGAUUGCAAAAUUUAAUUAAAUUCAUAUGAGGUAUACUACAGGUUAUAAAUUGCAUUUGCAAUGAUUUACAAUAUACUAUGUUUUAAUUAUUUACUCAAUAUUGAUUAUAUGGAUUAUUUAGUAUUUAAA